GCCAUGACAUCAUUUUCUCGUCUCUCGUGGGCUUUCAUCACCCGAAUAAAAGGUACCUGACCACCUUUUCAAUUCAAGAUCACUCACACACACAAACUACUCUGAUACUUCUACAAGAUCAAUUGCGUACCCAAUCUUCACAUAACAUCAUCUUCACUUUCUAUCUGAAACCAAAUAACACCCCGCCCACCGUUCCUUCUACAAGCUUCAUCUCCUUCAACAAGUCGUGUGAUCACACCACAACUAGACACUACCUCGCUCCUUUGAUCAAAAAUGACUCGCGGAAACGGACCAGUCACCAAAGUCUUCUACAAGGGCUCGACCGAAGAUUUCAUCGUCUUCAUCGAGUCCCCCGAAGACCUUGCCAAAUGGAAGCAGGACAAGUCCAUCCCACUCACGGACGUCGUCAACUCAUUCAAGAUCAUGGUAACACACAAGCACGGCGCUCAAGGACAAAUGGACACUGCAUCAAAAGCUAGUCUCGAGAACGAGUUCGGCACUAAGAAUGAAGACGAGGUCAUCAUCAAGAUCCUUGAGCAGGGCCAGCCGCAGUCUGUUCAGUCCUCUGAACGUGGCGGAGAUCGUAACGAGACCAUGGGACCCAGACAAGGACACCCCACUGCAUAGAAAGCCAGUCUACGACGCGGGGGCAACCACAUCGAGUUCCGCUCGAAGAGUCGCCUGCGAAACCGAAGAAUGCCUCAUCUGAACAAGCAUGCAUGGUUAAUGGGAAUGAGUUGUCAAACUAAGGCACACCGUUGAUUGUACGAUAUGAGCUGGAAUACCAAUGGAAUCACCUUCAAAAAGUGGACGGACAAGCCACAGAGCAUAUUGCUGCUACCAAGAGCAUGAUAGCUAUGCAGAAACAUUCCGUUAUGCUGGAAAUUAAGCUCGAUUCACGGGAAUUACUCGUACAUUCAAGCCCGCGUUGUUCUUUCUGUUCUCGUUCGCCUUCCUCCCUGGUGUCGUGCUAUCGGGGACGUCUAAAAUAAAUCUG